UACAGCCCGGCCGCUGCUCCCUUCCCCGGAGCGCAUGGGGUCAGCACUGAGGAUCAGGAGCUGCGGAGGAUGUCUGGGCCGCAUUAGGAGAAGUCGGUGGCACUACCUGCCCCGGAAUGGUGUCUGGAGAGAGGUGCAAGCUUUCCCUUUGCAAUAAUUGGUAUCUGAGCUCUGCUUCAGCUUCACCAGGUGAUUUUUCUUUUUAGAGCUUCAGCUUCACCAGGUGAUUUUAUUUUUCUUUUUACAGAUAAUCCUAGAUCAUAAAAACCCAGAGCAGCUAGAGGAGGGAGAAGGGAGAACAGGGACUGGUGUUAUGUGAGAGCCAGCCAGCAUCUGAGGAGGAGAGAAGCCAGGGCCCUGCAGGGAUGCAGGAGGAGCAGGGCUGUGCAGACAGGCCUGGAGGUGCUGUCAGCCCUGCCAGGAAAAACUCUUGUUUGCCUGGCUGUUUGGAAAACCAUUUGGGAAACUGCACUGCCUUUUCCUUAUGAAAGCUUUAGGAUGAGCCCUGGCUGAAGGCUCCUGUAGACCUUUGCCUGGGGAAUGCUAUGUGCUGGGCUGAGCCUGGGAACAAAUUCAGGGGUCCCUGGGGCUGCAGCUGGUCAUCCCCUCAGAGGGUAUCCUUCUAGCAUCCCUGUGUAUGUGUGGGCAGGGCCCCAUGCGCCCAUGGCAAACAGAGAGAGUCUGUGCCUGGAGAUGAGGCAGGGGUGAGCACAGCAGCUGCAGCUGGCUGCCCUGGGGGCUUAAAGACCAUGUCAGGAGGGCCUGAGCAGAAGGUGCUGGGCUGGGAGGUAGGUGCAAGGAGCACAGGGAAAUGCUCUGCAGCAAAGGAUGGGAGAAGUUAACAGAACACCUGAAACCAGGGGGAUGGUGUGAAUAAUGUGGAUGUCAGAGGUGCCGCUGCAGAAAGUGGGACAGCCAUGUCUGUAAGCAGCUCAGCUCCAGCCUUGUCAUCUGUAACCAGCCCAUCUUGGCUGAGCCCUUGUUCCCUUUGAAGGCAGAUGGGUGGGAGCAGGCUGAGCCGUGCUGUGCUCAGCAGGAUGGCUCCCAGCCGGGCUGGGUGAGGGGGAAGGCAGAUCUCACCCCCACGACCGUGCCCUCAGCCAGCCGGGCUGUGUAAUUCCCUGUGACAGUUCAAUGCAGAGCGAAGCUGGCAGCUUGGCGGCGGAUGCAUGAAAGGUGAGUGCACUGGAGCCUGGAUAAUGUGGGAUGCUGCUCUCUGGCAUGCUGCCCGGGAGCCCAGGGGAGGGAGCAAACGCUGACCCCGGGCUCUUCCCUUCGUUGGUGUCCCCUGGGGCCUGUGGUUCAUCCUGUCCUCUACAGCCCAAUUCUGCAAAGCCCAUCACAGGUCCAGGACAGGUGCCAUGUAUUUUCUGGAUGGCUGCUGCCACGCAGAUAUGGGUGGCAUCUUAAAAGGCUUUGGGGGAACGGGGAUGGGGACUCCAGAUUUCAAAUGCUGGCUCUGCAUGCCUGCGCUCCUCUUCCCACUGAGAGCAGGAUCUGGGACCCCAGUGUUGGCAGCAGCAUCCCACAGAGUCUCGUGGUGGCAGCCAGAGAGGAGCAGUCACAUGGUCCAAGGCCACCGGGGCAGGGGACAGGGCUCAAUCCCCAGAGCUGAACCCUUAUGUGUGUGCACCCUUGUCCCCAACCUGCCCCAGGUGUGUGCACACCUGCACACCCCUGCGUGCAUGGGGGGCGUGGGCAGCAGGCUCCAUCCCUCCAAUGAGCUCCCACAUUGUGGAUGCUUUUUUUGGUGUUUAAUCCACUGAUAUAACUUUCAGACCUCCCAUGAAAGCAGGUUUGUUUUGCUGGACUUUUUUCCUUCUCCCUGGCAUCCUCUGGAACUGGAGUAAGGUACUCUGGGAGCUGUGUUCCCUGAUCCCAAGGCUCUUUGGUAUGGGGCAGCAGCCUGCUGGGUCAUGGAUAAAGGAUCCACAGAGAAAUGUGGGGGUAAGGGGUGGCAACUGUAGGAUGUUGUGUGGGCUGUGGAGUUCCCCAUGGAGAGCACUUCGAUCAUGUAGAGGGCAAUGUGGGGACUGCAGAGGUGGGAACAAUCUCUCAGCCCUGCAGCUCCCUGGUGGGAGGCAGCUGUUGAGGUACACAAUUAACCUUCCUGCUGCCAUUAGUGAACAUGUUCUGCUGGGCAGCAACAAGCAGGGCACGGAGGUGUACAUACACACACAUGCAGGUGAGAGUGUACCAUGGAGGCAGCUGCUCCUGUCUUACUCCCACACAGGUGCCCACAGCUCACCGUGCCCCUCCUCAACACCACACUGCACCCCAACCUCCCACCCACGGAGCUCUCUCCUUCCUCCACAGGCAGGAUGCAGGUUCGGAGUCUCUUCCUCCUCCUGGCGCUGAUCCUGGUGGCUGCCACCGCCGAGGCUGGCAAGAACAAGAAAGAAAAGGCAAAGAAGGAUGGCUCCAAGUGUGAGGACUGGCGCUGGGGACCCUGUGUUCCCAACAGUAAGGACUGCGGCCUGGGCUACCGCGAGGGAACUUGCAAAGAUGAGAGUAAGAAGCUCAAGUGCAAGAUCCCCUGCAACUGGAAGAAGAAAUUUGGAGCCGACUGCAAGUACAAGUUUGAGAGCUGGGGAGGCUGUAGUGCUCAGACAGGCCUGAAGACUCGCUCUGGCAUCCUGAAGAAAGCCCUGUACAAUGCCCAGUGUGAGGAGACUGUCUAUGUGACCAAGCCCUGCUCCUCCAAGAUCAAGUCAAAGUCCAAAGCAAAGAAGGGCAAGGGGAAGGACUAGAGCAGGAAACCAGCGUCCUCAUCGGCCCCUCAACACGGUGCCUACAGGACUGGAUGUCCAACUGCAGCUGGCCCACACUACAGUCUUCCUCCUCCUCUCCUUACUCCUUUCCAUGACCUCCUCUUUCACUGAGAUGCCUUGUUUUAAUCAUUAGUGUUGUAGAGAGCAAACCCACCCACCCUGCAGGACAGGCUGCCUCCUUCCUUGCUGCCCCCUGGGCACAACCAGUGCAUUCUGCUCACCUCCUCUGAGCUGGUGCUGGGGUUCACUGCGAUGUGCUCAGAGACCUGGGAUGGAACACACAUUUUUCCACCCUCCAGCACAAAUGAGUUGCCUUUAGCACAUACUUUUGCAAGCUCAGGAGCCUCCUUGCUCCUCCACCAGGUACCAGUGCUGGAGGGAAGGGCUGGCUGUUGAAUGCCCGAGUAACCCCAUCGCUGAAGCUUCUCACUCAAGGACUGCUCUCACCUCAGGGGGUUUAUUCCAGCACCCCUUUGGCUGGAGCAUGACUUACCUGCAGCAGUUAAGGAAAACACAACCAUCACCCUGAGAAGCAACUGUGUCUCCUCUCUGUCACUUCUAACCAUGUGUGUCCAUGCUGGGGCUGCAGCCCCUCUGCCUUUGCCAUGCCAACACCAGUGCUGGGUGGGAGCUCUCCUUUUGGAAUUUUUCUUUUUCUUUUCCAAUAAAAAUCUUUUUUAAGAAAG